AUGGCACUCAACAAUCAGGAAACCGCACCAAUUGUAGUGGCUGGUACAGGAUGUCCUGGUCCUGUGCCUAAUAUGCUGGAUCAUCCGCAUGGAAUCUUCGUUGAUAAUCAACUCAACUUAUACGUAGCUGAUACUGACAAUAACAGGAUUCAAUUUUUCGCGCCGGAUCAAAAAAAUGCAAUAACAAUGGCUGGUUUUGGAGCAACAGUGCUUUUCAUACUGAAUAGACCAACAGGUAUCGUGCUCGAUGCUGAUGGUUAUCUAUUUAUUGUGGAAAGUCAAAAUCAUCGAAUCAUCCGAUCAAUUCCAAAUGGUUUCAAAUGUUUGGUUGGAUGCUCUGGCAACAGUGGAGCAACAUCAAAUCAAUUGAAUUAUCCACAAACAAUGGCUUUCGACACAAUUGGGAACAUGUUUGUGAGCGAUUUCAACAAUCACAGAAUUCAAAAAUUCCAGUUAUCAAUAAAUUCAUGUGGUAUGUCUAUUUUUAUCGAGACUGAAUGGUUAGAAAAUUGUUACACUGAUGAUUGUUGCCAUUGCCAUAGAUAAGGAAAACCAUAGAAAGCAGCAAAUACACUUUAAUUAAAAUAGAAUUUGGAAAUUAAAACCAAGAUCACUUUUUCAUGAGACACGACUGAGAAUAUUGCUUGCGAAAUCGAUGCUUUUUUACCGGUGUACAAAUCGAUAAAGUAAUAUAUGUUUUUUUUUUAAUUUCUAUUUGAUUGUUCUCAUAAGUAAUUACUAGUAUGUGACAUAAAUGAUAAAGCAAAUCAGUACGCAUAGGUGAAGAACAAUGUCAGUUCAGGACUUUCAAUCUUCAUCCAGGAAAGUGAUGACUUUUUUCUAAAGUCUACGUUAGUUACGGCCCUUGUUAACAAUGUAGUAAUAUAGAAUGUGAGCAGGAAAUUCAAAUUAACAAUUGUUCUGUAAUUAUUAAAAGAAAUAAAGUCAUGUUGAUAAAAAACUGCGUCAGUUCCAUCCCAAUCGAUUGAAUCCAAGAUCGAAUCCUAUCGGAUCUAGUCAGAUCCGAUAGUUGAAUCAUAAUGUAUUUCCUAUGUCAUCCCAGGUGGAAAAAUCAGACGUAAGAUCUUGUAACACCAGAUAAAAUUGUAUAAAAAAUCGUUAUCUCUGAAAUCUUAUGCUAAGUCGUAUUAUAAGAAUCUUGAAAGAUCUUGCUGCAUUAUUAGACAUUACUAUAAGACGAGUAAUGCUCGUCGUUGCCAAACCGUGGACUGUCGAAUGAAUGUUCAGCUCUUUCUGUAGAACAUAAUACUUUACAAGCACAACCGAUAUUAAUAUCAGAUAUAUCCAGCAGAAUUGGUGUGCGUUCCACUGUCACUGUUUGCGAGGAUGUCGCUGUUUGACGUGGGGUGAUUCUCUUCAGCGAUUCAACUGAUGUCGGCGCCAGAAUUAAAGAGGGGUUGGUGUAAAUUGAAUAAUUCAACAACGGCAAGAGCUAGCGACCUGCGGUUUUCACCAAUCGAAAGAGGAGGAGUGGAGACGUCUUUUUCUCUCAUAAUGUAUAAGAUGAAAUUCUUUUAAAACUAAUCAUAUUUGAAAAACAUGCAAAUGAACCCAUGAAAAUGACCUGCCAGCUAGAUGAAAUUUUGAUUUUGAGCUUUGAUUUAGAUAGAGGGACUUCAGAUCUAUAGCUCAAGAUACAAUGCAAAUGGUUAUCUUGUUACACUCUAACGCUGAGCAAAUGGAAUCAUGCAGUUAUAUACGCAAAUAAGAGGGAAUUUUGUUGAUUUUUUCCUAAGAUUUCGCACUUUUUAUCCUAGUAGCUUGAGAUUUCGAUGAAAAUGUAAGAAAAAGUAAGAAAGCGCAUUGUGUCUUGCACUAUAGAUCUGAAGUCCUCUAUCUAAAUUAAAGCUCAAAAUCAAAAUUUCAUCUAGCUGGCAGGUCAUUUUCAUCGGUUCUUUUGCAUGUUUUUCAAAUAUGAUUAGUUUUAAAAGAAUUUCGUCUUAUACAUUAUGAGAGAAAAAGACGUCCCCACUCCUUCUCGUUUGAUUGGUGAAAACCGCAGGUCGCUAGCUCUUGCCGUUGUUGAAUUAUUCAAUUUACACCAACCUCUCUUUAAUUCUGGCGCCGACAUUAGUUUAUGAUUUUCUUUCGAAAGCGAAGAGCAAAGCAAAUUCUGGCAGAACCUAGAAUUUCAAAAAUUAUUCAAAAAAAUACUGAAUAACUUUUAUAGAUACAUGAAUAUCUUUUUUUAUUCAUUCUGUAGAAGGUGUGUAAAGAUUUUUUCGUAAUUCUCUAUGAAUAAUUGAUUGUCAAAGAUAAAUAUUCGGUAUUGUUCAAAUACUAUGUAAAUAGAUAAUAUUUUGAACUCUAGCGACUUGUAUGAAUGGUGCUUCUCUGGACCGUAAAAAGAUGAAGUCUUUUCAGCUUAAAUGAAACACUACUUUUUAAAUGCUAUUGUAAGCGUUCGAAUGCCUAGAAGAAGAUUAGGUGUUGUUGUUUUUGAAAUAUUUUUUCAUCAAAAUUUCACUUCUGUGAUACCACAAGCUAAAUUUAUUAAAAUCGAAUCAGAGGGAAGUACCGAUGAAAUUUCUAUGAAAAAUAUUUAAAUAUGAAACAUAUUGCCAAAGACUAGCCCAUUUCAUAGCGUUUUACUAUUAAGUUCGAAAAAAUUAAUUUUCUCUACAACGAAAAAUUAUUGUAAAAAACAUACUUUACUUUUUUUACGCACUAGAACGCCAGGAAUGGCAUUAAAAGAAAGCCGUACCAUUUAAGCUGAAAAGACGUCAUCCUUUUACGAUCCAGAAUGUACCAUUUCAUACAGGUCAUUAGGGUUCAAAAUACCAUAUACUAACAUAGUAUUUGAGCAACACUGGAAAUUUAUUUUUAACAAUCGAUCUUUCAUAGAGAAUUACAAAAAAGUCUUUACACACCUUCUACAGAACGCAUAAAAAAGAUAGCCACAUAUUUAUGAAAACUAACCACUCAUUUUUUUAUGAUAUUCGAAAUUUUUUGUUUUCUUAGAAUUUGCUUUGCUUUUCGCUGUUAAAAAAUUCACAAACUAGUUUGUCUCAUGUGGAAAAAACAGA